UGCGGCUCCGCUCGGAGCGGGCGGCGGGCGCUGCCGUGCGGGGACGGUGAAGGGAGGCGUCCCGGGGGGUGGAGGAGCCUCGCAGCGCCCGGUGCCGCCCGCGGAGCCGGCGGGGAGCGGCCAGCAGGGCAUGCCAUCCGCCUCGCCCCGAUGUUUCACUGGGGCAAGUGGAAGAAGAGGAUGGGAGCGAGCGCCUCCUCCUCCAAGAGACCCGUCUUCGACGAGAGGGAGGACGUGAACUUUGACCACUUCCAGAUUCUCCGGGCGAUUGGGAAGGGAAGCUUUGGCAAGGUGUGUAUUGUGCAGAAAAGAGACACUGAAAAGAUGUAUGCCAUGAAGUACAUGAACAAGCAGCAGUGCAUCGAAAGAGAUGAGGUUCGCAAUGUGUUCAGAGAGCUGGAAAUCCUACAGGAGAUCGAGCAUGUGUUCCUGGUGAACCUCUGGUACUCCUUCCAGGACGAGGAGGACAUGUUCAUGGUGGUGGACUUGCUUCUCGGUGGCGACCUGCGCUAUCAUCUACAGCAAAACGUUCAGUUUACCGAAGAAACAGUCAAACUCUACAUCUGUGAGAUGGCGCUGGCUCUUGACUACCUGCGAAGUCAGCAUAUUAUCCACAGAGAUGUUAAACCAGACAACAUCCUCCUCGACGAGCAAGGUCAUGCACAUUUAACAGAUUUUAAUAUUGCAACAAUAAUUAGGGAUGGUGAAAGAGCAACUGCAUUAGCUGGAACAAAGCCAUACAUGGCUCCAGAGAUUUUCCAUUCCUUCCUGAACGGCGGGACGGGCUACUCCUUCGAGGUUGAUUGGUGGUCGUUGGGAAUCAUGGCUUAUGAACUGCUGCGGGGCUGGAGACCAUAUGACAUCCACUCCAACAACCCCGUGGAGUCUUUAGUUCAGCUUUUCAGCACUGUAAGCGUUCAGUACUCGUCUACGUGGUCAAAAGAAAUGGUUGCUCUAUUAAGAAAGCUGCUGACGGUGAACCCCGAGCAUCGCUUUUCCUGUCUGGCUGACAUCCAAGCCUCGGCGUACUUGUCCGGCGUGGUCUGGAGCGACAUCUGCGAGAAGCGGGUGGAGCCAGGCUUCGUUCCCAAUAAAGGCCGCCUGCACUGCGACCCGACCUUUGAGCUGGAGGAGAUGAUUCUGGAGUCGAGGCCCUUGCACAAGAAGAAGAAGAGGCUUGCGAAGAACAAGUCGAGGGAUAACAGCAAAGACAGCUCACAGUCUGAAAAUGACUAUCUCCAAGAAUGCCUUGAAGCUAUCCAGCAAGAUUUUGUCAUCUUUAACCGAGAGAAGCUAAAGAAGAGCCAAGAGCAGAUGAGCGAGCCCGUGUCCCCCCCUGAGACCACUGACGAAGCCGAGACGGAGGCCGAGUCUGAGACCUCCAACUUGAACAUGUGCAGCUCCGUCUGCUCCUCCGCGGGCAGUAGCUAGGCUGCAGCAACUGGGCGAGGGUCGCUGGCCCACGCCACACUGAUAACUCGUUCUCAGGUUGCGCUGAGCACCACAGGCUAUCCUCCGAUUCCACCGGAGAGCACCGACAACUAGUCUUGCCAAGCUGUAGCAAAACAGAUAGUUCUUACAGAACUGCAUUCCUGGAUUUAAUGGAGCGCCAGUUCCUGUCGUGGGUAAAGAUACUUGCUAUGCAACUUGUUGGAGGAGGUAGAUCAACUUCUUUACUUGGUCUUUUUUAAUGUCAGAUUGCUGAUCUGCACAUGUUUUUAAUACAGAAAGAUGACAAGAAAAGAAGUCAUGUCCUUGAGUACAACAAGGGAAGACACCAAGCAGGUGUGGAGAGGGAGGAAGGCUGAAUGUGCAGUUUAAAUUUUACUUUGGCGUUCUCUGUUCAUAAAGGCUGCUGUACGGACAAGCAAUCCUGGUGUAAAUCGGAGCAGCCCCUCUCCGGGCUAUGGCAGGCAGCACCAGCCUUCAAGGAGCCUCGAGCUGUUUGGGUCCUGCAGCAUUAAAGACAUCCCAGGCAUGUCUGUGUCCUCUUGUCACCUGUCAGAAUUUCUUUCCCAGUUUGGGGCAAAUAAAUGUUUUUUGUGCACUCCUUGGAUUCUUCUGGGGCUGGCUGAUGGUUAAACAUGUAAUUGAAAUGCAGAAUGUAUUUACAAUACUUGCUUUCUUCACAUACCUGCUGCAAGCAGCAAGGAGCUGUAUGAACGGACCGGAGGGUUUGGUUUGCUUUUGUUUGUCUGGGUUCAGAGAAGGCAGUUUAUCACAGAUUCAGAUUUUAUUUGAGGCAAAGUGAGUGGCCUUGCAAUGCUGCUUGGUUGUGAACGAAGGGAAUAUCUCGUUUCGCCCUUCUAUUUACUUUAUUUUCAGUGUAAAGUAGAAAUACUGUAUAUAUAAUUUACCAAUACCUGUUUUAACUUAUUAAUAAGACCGGAGAUCUCUUUACCUGUUUCCAGCUGUGGAUAUUGCCUUUAUUCUUGUUUCAGAAGCCUUCAUCAUAUUAGUUGCUUAAUCUGCUGUAGAGUUGCUUUUGGUUACUAUUGCUAGAAAGGAGCUAUGGGUUCUGCUGCGCCGUGUGGCUGUUGUGAUACACAGCGGUUGCGUUAGAACUGCAUUCGCUUUCAAACUAGCAACAUCUUUUUGCUGCCAGACAUUAGGAGAUUGCAGGGUUUACACCCUUACUGCAUAUUUGUAAUGCAAAGAUGGAUAGAAAAAGAUUUUAGUGGAUGCAGGCUCUUUCAAGAUGAAUUUUGCUGCAUUCUUGGUUUCCAUGAGUGAAAUAGAAAGGCGUAACUGGUACAAAACAAUUUUAUACAAAAAAAAAAUAACACGACGCAUUUAUUUUCCACAGUUUUAUGUGGAAAUUAGUACAUGGCUAAAAUUGUGCAGAACCAAAUUUUCAUAGAAGUCUUUAGAAGUGUUUAGGUGUGCAGGCUCGACUUGUUCGGGACAGGGAAGGGAAGCCAAAGCCCCAUACUGGUUGCACAGUUAUUUCCAGUACAGAGCCAGGUAAACCUUGUCAGACAGCGGCAGCUCUCGCUGGGGGAUGAGCAUCCGCUCCCUCGGCCAGACCCAGUGAGGGCCCAGGUGUGCAGCGCAGGGUCCCGAUGUCGGACGUGGGUCGUGGUAGACGAUGGAUGCUGGCUGGGCAUAGGCACAGUCUGCGCCUCCUUAGGGGCUGCACUGCUAAGAGGCUGAAAGGGAGCUGCAGCCACUCAGUGAGUGAGGUCUGAAAUAAAUGCUUUCCCCUGCGCCUUUCCCAGCUGGAGGAGGGCACCCGUGUCCUGGCUCUGAUCCUGGGCUGUGCUUGAGGGAUGUGUCCUUGCUGCCCUGCCAGAUGUCCAGUACCAGGGGAACCUCAUUACCGUAAUCACCUAAUUACCUUCUCCUGCACACCAGAGCUGCCAGUGAGCUUGUGUGCUAUCUGCGUGGGCAGCCUGAUCCUAGCCCCUCUGCUUCCUACACAGUCCUUAUGGCCCCUCUCCUCCAGCUGGAGGAUGCUGCGUGCCUCGGUGAGCUUGACUCCUGCCAUCUGGGAAUGGUACCUGUCGGCAGCGGCCGCUAGCGAUGGCCAGAGUGCUUUGCAACAUAGUAGUAACACUUUAAUCUCAAGUCACAAAACUGCAUCUGGACUGUCUCUGAUUUGCGUCUGAUCGGAGUAGUCUGAUAACCCUUCUGCUGUGAGGGGCCAGAAACCCACUGCUUGGCCUGCCAGGACUCAGGUGGGACAAGGGAAACAGAAUGAGGGUCAAACCCACGUAUUUAUUCAGGAAUUAUAAAUUACAGAUGAUUUAUUCCACUGCUAUUUCAAUAAACUCCAUUGCACUAUUAAUCAUCUUCCUGUAAAUAGUGACAAAACUUUGGACUAUCAGAACAAGGAGUGGUUUUGAGCACACUAUCCCUUAUAUGACAGAUGCAAAUGGAUCCUACUCAACCAGAAGCUCUCAGGCCAGGAGAGAUGUUGGCAGUUUGGUAGGACGUGUUUAAUCAAACAUUUUCAUCACUUUCCUUAGAACAAGUGACAAACAGCCUUUGAGGUUGAGGUUGGUGUGUGUAGGGAGGAGCUGGCUGACUUCUGCAAUGGAUGUUUCUCACCCCAGCCCCUCUCCGUGUUGGUCAUUUAUGUUCCCUUUCCAGCACUGCUCUUUCCAGCACUGUUCCCUUUCCAGCACUACAGCACUGCUGUAUCCUCAGCAGAAACCAGGAAUGCUUCUAGGGAGACACCAGGCGAUUGCUCUUUCCAAGAUGAAAUAAUUUGGGGCAAAUUUUGGCUUCUCUGGGAAGCACCACUGAAAUGCAGUAACACAUUUCCCAGGGACAUGCCACAGGAAACUCUGCUUUCUGCCUAUUUCUAAAUCUUUCCACCUAUUUCUAAAUCUUAAUCACUGAGAUAAGUGACAGGACACAGACCUCUAAGAUCAUUACGCUGAGUAGUAGAGACACCGUGACUACGAUAUAACUCAAGUGCUCAUUUUUGAUCUUAAAUAAUGCAUGGUAGUAACUUCACUAGUGUCCACCGGGGACUGGGUUUUAUUGAUGCCUGUUUACGCCUAGUCCCUGGAGAAGAAAUUACAGAGAAAGAGUAAUUAGAAAAUGGGAAAAAAAAGGAUGAAACAGAUAUGUGUUUGCUUCAUUGUCAAAAUUCCCUUGAUGGGUUUCAAUACUCUGGGCCCUCUGUCCGUGCUGUGCUGCUGCUCUCCAGGUACGUUUUGUGUCGUGUCCCCCAUCUCUGUGUCCCUGUAAUGAGCCUGUGCUGAUUGAGCCUGUCAGCACUGCCCACCCCACAGCUUCCUCCAGGGAUGUCCUGUGUGAUGCCAACCCCAUCCAGGCUGAACUCCUGCAGGUGAUGAGAGCCUAUUCCCUGCCCCACAUCCAUCCAUCGGUGACUUGCUGUCCCCAGCUGGCUGGCAGAGACUGAAGUGGGGGUGAGGAGUGAUCCUUGGCGUGAUGAGCGUGCUGAGGAUGCUGGGCAGGCGGGCAGGGUUAUUCUCUGCCAAAGGGCUGGUUCCAGGGAAAAACAUCUGGCUUUGAAAUUCUCUGAACCGCUCCUCUCCCAUUAUUCUCAUGGUUGCAUUAGAGCCUGAUGCAGCUCCAGAUGUGAGCAAAACUCACAGUGAAGUCGUGCAACGUUCCUGGUACCAAACCUCAUCAUGCAGAGCUUGAAAGGAGUCAAUAGCAGCUCUGGUUUACAUCUCCACUACAACCAGAAUACAAUAAUUUUCUGUAUAUAAAUAUUUAAAUACAUGUAUUUUUUGUAUGACAGAUUUAUACAGGGUGUGCCAUUAUUCGCUGUGAAAAGUCUACAUCACUUAUAAAUUAUUCUCCUUAAAUUCCUUGUCAUAAGAUUGUUUUCUUAUCUCUGUUGUAUUAUGAAGUUUUGCAAAGUUGCAUAUUUUUAAGUGUGUCCAUUGAAUUCCACAGACUUCACUGGGAAUUUUGCAUACAAAACAAAUACCAGGUCAGGUCCUGAUGUUUCCUCUGUUGCCAAUUCUUUAUUACUCUAUACCUUGCCAAAAAGUGAUUAAGAGUAAUAAAAUAAUAGCCAAAAAGGCCAAUAAUAUGAAUUUGACAUUGAACAGUGCUGAAAUCCUGAUGCCUUGGUAGGGUAUUUUUAAAAAUUAUUUCAGUGGAAACGUAACGUAUAUCUUUGUAUUUUAUGUUGAUACAUUUCUGUAGUUUUAUUGCAUGAAAAUUUUACCAUGUCACAGAAUAUUUAAGUUAUGACGAGUUUGUGUUUUUGCAGAUACUGCGAGAAGCCAUUGCAUAUGUGGAGUAAUAAAUGUGUAUUUUUAA